AUGCAGGCCGUGGGGUUCGAACCCACGCGCACUUGUGUGCAGAAGAUCUUAGGUCUUCCCCCCUUAACCACUCAGACAAACCUGCUUGAAUGAAAAAUUAAAAUCUUAUUAAUGGAUUUAAAAAUAAUUUAGGUUACGUACUUGUGCUAAUUUAGGAACCCAAGUUAGGUUAACAAACAUUUGGGAAUUUCAUCUUGAAAAUUAACCGACAAUGGCGGAUAAGAGAAAGAGAGAAAGGGAUAACGAGACUGCAGGAGCAGGUCAUUUGGCUUCCAUUUUUGGAACAGAGAAGGAUAGAGUUAAUUGUCCUUUCUAUUUUAAGAUUGGAGCUUGCAGGCAUGGCGAUCGUUGCUCAAGGCUUCAUACUAAGCCCAGUAUUAGCCCUACUUUGGUCCUCGCUAAUAUGUAUCAACGCCCUGAUAUGAUUACUCCUGCUGUUUCUGUUGAUCCUCAAGUUCAACCCCCAUCUGAUCCUCGCAAAACUCAACAACACUUUGAGGAUUUCUAUGAGGAUUUGUUUGAGGAACUAAGCAAGUAUGGGGAGAUUGAGAGUCUCAACAUCUGUGACAAUUUGGCUGACCAUAUGGUGGGCAAUGUUUAUGUGCAGUUUAGAGAGGAAGAACAUGCUUCUGAGGCUUUUAAAAAUUUGACUGGAAGAUUUUAUGCUGGCCGUCCAAUAAUUGUUGAUUUCUCUCCUGUAACGGAUUUUAGAGAAGCAACAUGUAGGCAAUAUGAGGAAAAUGUGUGCAACCGUGGAGGUUACUGCAACUUUAUGCAUUUGAAAAAAAUUAGCAGGGAGCUCAGACGGCAGCUGUUUGGAAGGUACAGGAGGAGGCGUAGCCGUAGUAGAAGUAUGAGUCCUUACAGACAUGGGCAUGGAGACCGUUCCCGUAGUGGCCAUGGCUACGGUGGUGGAAGAGAUGAUGAUAGAAGUCGGCGGAAUGUUGAUAAGGAAAGAAGGGCUAGAAGCCGUAGCCCAAGACGGAGAGGGAGAAGUACAAGUCCUGCAGGCAGCAGGAGAGAUAGGAGUCCAGUAAGGGAGAACAGUGAAGAGAGAAGAGCAAAAAUUGAGCAGUGGAACAGGGAAAGAGAAAAGGCAGAAACCGGGAAUAAUGAUGUUAGUCAUGAUGUCAUUGACAACCAUGCAAAGGACCUUGCUGACAAUGGGGAGGAUUAUUUUGGCCAUCCUAACCAGUAGAUGGAAGAGAAUCAGCAGACAUCCACCAAAACUUUUGGUGGUGUACAGGUUCAUCCCCUCAUCCCCUAAUGAUAUUGAAAGUAAAUAUUGACAACUUUUGAAAUGGUAAAGGAAAUUUGUUAUAUGUCCGUUACAAAAAUAAAGCAGAGUGAACACCAUCUGAUCUUCAAAUGAUUUUUGAAUCUUUCAACUUAUAUAUUCAAUUUUACAGUCUUGCCCAAUCUUUUCUAGAAUCUUAGUGAAUUAAUAGCUGCCUUGCAAGGUGGGAUAGCCGAUCAAUUGGCCUAGGAAUGACAUAUCACUUCACAGCCCACAGUCUUCCCUUGUAAAUUCUUUUAGGAUAUGCAGUCAACCUGACAUUGCACUUUUGUCAAUUUAUUUACUUCUUUCGGGCAUUACAGCUGUUUGGCUGGCGAAUAUGUUACAUUGAACAGAACUUUUGUGCUUGUCAUUGUGGUCUUUCACUCUCUGCGUUGAAACUAUUGGAUUAAUUUAGGCUCUCAAUUGAAGUAUGCCAUGUCUUUUUUAGAGUUUAUUCAUGUAUUUGACAGAUUUCCGCCUAGCUUGUCAGUUAAACUAGCCGUAGAAAGACCUUAGCAUUGAGUCAUGCCAAAGACUUCUCAAUUUUCUUCAUUGUCUCACGUACCGCCUUUUGUACUGUUUUUCAUAUGAUUUGUUUUGGAGUCAAAAGACAAAUGUAUCACGUCAAGUGCAUUGAUCUAUUCUUAUUGUGACCUUGUUAUGAUAGUGUUUCAAAGAUCUCUAGAAAAAAUGAUCCUGCUAGUUAAACAGCUGGUUUUCUUGUUAUGCUGCACCUUACAAUCUUUAAUGCGCAUUAUUUCCCGUUUCACUCGCACAAUCUUCUGUUAUUUUUCUGAACCAAAUACCUUCGUUUAUUAUCUUGUCUGCUUGAGAUCCGUUCAUGAAUUAGUCUCAGCCGAUCAGGUUUUGCUUACAAUUUUAGAGGCAUAAUUUUAUUUAUUUUACUCACAUAGUUUCUCAAGGUGUGCAGGUUCAAGUUUUUAUCCUGCUAGAGGGCAGUGACUCUUCUUUCAUACCAUCUUUUUGUGAAAUUUCCAUACAGGUUGGCUGUUAUCAGAGUACGCUGUUUUGUAUGAUCUUUUACAAAGUCAUGGAAGCAUUGAAGAAUUUACCUCUGCUGAAUCUUCUGUGCCAAUAUCGAUUUUACUGUGUUAAGAAAUUUCUGUUCUAUUGCCCUAUCAGUAGACUAGUUUGAAUUCUUAUGUCUGUACAAGACUUUCUGGAAUCGAUUACUUGUAAAACAUUGAAAAAAAAUACUUGUAUGAAUGACUGUGUUUGACA